ACAUAUUUCAAUAAACAAUCUAGUUGACACCCGUGACCCGGUGCGUCGACGACAGCGGACGAACGGACGUACUGCCGAAGUGAGACCAAGUUCAUUGCGACUAGCUCCUUCAAUUCUCGAGGAUCAAAUUCACCGCAUUGAAUAGAUGAUAGAAACAGACAUAAGCACAUCUGAAUACUUUACUCAGGAUGCGGGAUACCAUAUCAUCACACCUCUUUCUCAGCAUGGGAUUACCUCACACAUCAACCCAGAUCCACUUCUCGACAAUUUACCGACGCCUGGCAAUGUUGACGCUGAAAUUCCUUCUCAUUCUGUUUUACAUCCAGAUUUCUCACGCUCUGACUGAACAUCAACAAGGUGACAAACAUCCGUCCGAUUUUGAAAUCGUGCACCCGCGCGUUGUCCACGACUUCGACAGCCGUCAUCGUCGAUCACCAUCUUCAUCGACAUCGCAUCAUCACAAAAACCUUCAAUAUCAAUUCGCAACGAAGGGGGCCGAGUUCCAUUUGAUACUGACUCUGAACGAAGGUCUCAUUUCGCCCGAUUUUGUCCUUGAGCGGCGGUCGUCGUCGAACGUGUCUCGAUCACGGUUUCAAUCAGCGUAUCAACGCCAUCGCCAUUGCUCUUAUCACGGUGUGGUUCGUGGACAUGAGAAGUCUCAGGUCGCUGUCAACGUAUGUCGAGGAUUGAGAGGGCUGAUUUCGCUUGGAGGGGACAAUGAUUUCUUCAUCGAACCGGUCAACGCAUUGGUGUAUAAUGAGGUGGUUGAUGAUGGCUCACAUAUCAUCUACAAGCCUUCCCUAAACAGAGGAAAGACCGAUCAAAUUUCUAAUGGUUCCUUCUGUUCUCACACUGGGAAGCUGUCUCUUGAUGAGCCUGCUUCGAGUACAUGGCGUAAUCGUGUACGAGAUCGUGUACGGAAGUCGGUUAGCAUGGAACGAACUGUGGAAGCCUUGGUUGUCGUCGACCAAUCCAUGGUUGACUACCACAAAGACGAGGAUAUCGAGACGUACGUCCUCACCAUCAUGAAUCUUGUGGCGAAAUUUUACCGUGACCCAAGCAUUGGGAACUUGGUGAACAUCGCCCUCGUGCGGCUUAUCCUACUGGAAGAUGAACAGGACGACCUAGAGAUAUCUACCGACGCAGACAUCACAUUGAACAGCUUCUGCGCAUGGCAAGACACUUUAAACUCGGAAAGGAGUGAACAUCAAAAUCACCAUGACAACGCAAUACUUCUUACCAGGAAGAACCUGUGUCGUGGUCCUGAUAACAGCAAUGCCUGUAUUACGGUAGGAUUGGCACAUGUAUCGGGAAUGUGUAACGAGAAAAAAAGUUGUAGCAUCAAUGAAGAUACUGGCCUUGUUGUUGGAUUCACCGUGGCGCACGAAAUGGGACACAAUCUUGGCAUGCUUCACGAUGGAGAAGAAAACAUAUGCGACUCGAGUGGCCCAUAUGUGAUGGCUCCACGGGUUCCCACUGGUCUCACACCAACAUCAUGGUCAUUCUGUAGCAGAGAAUACAUCACUCGCUUCCUUGAUAGUGGACGUGGGAGCUGUCUUGAGGAUAUGCCAUCUUCCACACCAUACAACUAUCCUAAGGUUCUACCAGGUGUCAUGUAUACAGCUGAUCACCAAUGUCGACUUCAAUACGGACCAAAUGCUACUGUCAGCCCCAUGUUUGAAUCUGAUCUGUGUAGCACUCUCUGGUGUGUCGUUGGGACUAUGAGAAAAUCACGGAUGAUUCCUGCUCAACAGGGUACUCGCUGUGGAAAGGACAAGUGGUGUAUAUCUGGAGAGUGUAUCGACAUCGACGAACAUCCCGUGGUCAUCGAUGGCGGAUGGGGUCCGUGGAGUGAAUAUUCCGAGUGCUCCCUGACAUGUGGACGGGCCGUCAAAUCUAAGGAGAGACAUUGUAAUAAUCCAAGCCCAUCACACGGGGGAAGAUACUGCGUUGGCGAGAGAAAGAAGUAUACCAUGUGUAAACUUCAGGAUUGUGAUCCCCAAUCGGUGAGUGUCCGUGCAGUCCAAUGCAGCUCAUACGACUCGAUACAGACGAAUGGAACCCAACUAACAUGGAUCCCCGUAGAGUUGGAAGAAAAACCCUGUGCAUUAUUUUGCCGACGUCGUGAUGAAGCAGUGGUCAAUAAGAAAUCCGAUCAGGUGGCCAAUGGAACCCCGUGUACUCGAUUCUCACGUGAUAUAUGCAUUGACGGGAUAUGCCAGAUGGUAGGUUGUGAUAAUGUUGUAAGUUCUGGAGCAGUUGAGGAUAGGUGUGGUGUUUGCCAUGGUGAUGGUUCAUCGUGUUUGACUAUUAAGGAUACUUUCAACACAAAGUAUGGACGAGGUUACGUAGAGAUCACCACCAUCCCUGCUGGUGCCAGGAACAUCGUGAUAGAGGAACUGGUACCUUCGAACAACUACUUGGCCAUCAGCAAUGACUUGGGCCAUGACCUACUGAACAUGGAUUGGGUUAUUGAGUGGAGCGGGGAAUAUCGGGCCGCAGGGACCAUCAUCAGCUACCAGAGGAUAGACAAUAAAGAACAGGUGGAGAUCUUAGGACCCCUCAGCGAACCAAUACACAUCUAUCUUAUAUUCGGACGACGGGUCCAGAACCCUGGCAUAGCUUACCAGUAUACCAUGGCGAGGGACGUGAACCAGACUGCUGUUUUGCCGCAGUAUUUCUCUUGGGUCUAUUCCGAUUGGUCCCCGUGUUCUGCGUCCUGCGGCAUCGGCUAUCAGCGUUCGAGCGUUGUCUGCAAGGAAUUGAUUGCGGGUAUGGUCGAUGACCGAUACUGUGAAGGUAUGAAACCUGAUGAUAUGCAACAGACGUGUAACGAACAACAAUGUCCUGCAACAUGGUGGGAAGGGCCUUGGCAACACUGCACAGGAAUGUGCGGGGAGGACGGACAAAAGCAGAGAAGUGUCUUCUGCAUACGAGGCGCCCUCAACGGUGAACAGACUGUCCUUGAUGACAACGAUUGUCUCAGUCAGGGCCAAGAGAAACCCGCCACAGAGGCCUCGUGUCAGGUUGACCAUCUACUUUGUGAGUCCAAUGACAACUGGAAAACAGGCGAAUGGUCUCAGUGUUCCGUAUCUUGUGGUGAAGGGUGGCAUACUCGGUCAGUGAUCUGCAUGAACAUCAACCGUCCUUGUGAUGAUACAGGAAAGCCCAAUGACCGGAGACCUUGCUUAUUGGACCAAUGCCCUAGAGGGCAGUACUUCUACAACCCCGAUCCACAGGCUCCUGAAAACCUUUCUUACGCAGACGAAUCUUUGCUAGACCUAUCCUCAGCAAGCAUAUACCCCAGCAGCGACUACGCGGUGAAUUUUGGCGAGUGGGAGAAGAAGAAGAUUGCCAGCAAGAAAUAUGAAUCAGCAACCAAUACCACAAAUCUACAUCCGUCUCUGCCACCUAAAGAAGUGCCUUCAAGGACAAUCUUUGAACUGAAUAUUACUACCCAUGAUGUUGAUGUCCAAGAUCAAGAUCAGACAGGUUCGAAGAUGGAUCAACGUCCAGUUAUGCCAGAUAAUCCGUAUAUAAACUUUGUUUUAUUUCCAUCUGCCUUGAACGAUAAGCGUCCUGCGAAUCAAGAUGCCACUCCUGGUCUCCAUCAUCGUUCUCAAGAACCUUUGAUUGAAUGGUCAAAACAACCUUGGCAGCCAUGUUCUAUGACAUGUGGCGAUGGUAUUCAACAACGAAUAGUAGAUUGUAUCGAUAUAAAUACUGGUGAAAGGACUUCGGGAUGCUCCCAAGAAGACCAACCAAUUUCAUUGCAAUCUUGUAACCUUGGAAGCUGUUCUCAAGUUUGCAGGAAUACUCUAAGCACCACCAUGUGCAUGGUAAUUGUCCAAUCAGGAAGCUGCUCUCAAGCGCACUUUCGUGAAAGAUGCUGCAGGACAUGCUCAGAAUUCAGAUAGCGAGUUCUUUGCGCAACGUGGUCAGGAGAACUUUGGACAGUACUGUAUUCUAUUAUUUCUCUGCAAUGUUUUUAUCAAGCAACAAGCCAAUCACGUGAAAAUCGCCUCGGUGUCUUCAUUGGUAAUUCAGAUGACAUAUAUAUGAUGGACAUCGAUUUUUUGACAUCUGUAUUCUGUAAUAUUUGUAAUGUUUGUAUUAUGUAAUAUUCAAAGCAGCCUACAGAUUGUUCAGGAAAGAAAAUGAUCAGGCGAUCGAUCGCCAAACAAAAUGCAUCUUGAUGUCCAAGAAUAUUUUCGACACUGUGAUUAAUGGUUUGAUAUUCAACUCUUUUCCUGUUUCAAGUCUUUAAAAGAUUGUAAUUGUAUUUGAGAGUAUUUUUUAAAGUAUUGUGAAGAAUGACUGUGUAUAUACUACGUUGAUGGUGUUAGACGCGUUAGGGUUUAGUGUUAGAGCGGGUGAGUGUUAGUACGCGCACGCGAACAUUCAUGUGCGAGUGCGCUUGUGGGGUUUGUACCAUAGGUUUGUACGUGUGUAUUUUUUUAAGCAAAGUUCCUCUUGAACCCUUCCAAAUAGUAAUGCAUAAUGCGUUGUACCCUUGAGCAAAAGAAAAAAAUGUUGAAUGUAGUCUCAUGUUCCUUCAGUAUAGAGCUGGUCACAAGCGAAUCAACUCUUGCCGUAACGUAUAUGCAGCGAUGGUAUCUAAAAAAAUCUCUGCUACCCCUACAUUUCCUAAAAUUCAUGUACAAUAUAUUCCAUAUAUCGCACAAAAGCAAGCUUUUACAAGGAUAUCGCAACAUCGUGAAUUUGAAAUUCCCGUUAACUGGGGGGCAUCCAUCUUGUUAACUAUAUGUGCCUUUAUCAUGCAGUUGAUCGUUGUUUUCAAUACAUUAAAGUCAUUGAAGGUCAAUUCCACCCCAAAAAUGUUAAUUUGAAUAUAUAUAUUUGUAAUACACUUCUACACUAGAAAUCGGACGCAUCGAGAAUGAAUCAACAGUGGUACAGGAUAUAUUAUAUAUAUAUAAACUAUAACACACAC